AGAGGGGGAAAAGGAGUCAGUGGCUUGUUUGAAGUUUUAAAGCAUCCGCGCGACCAGAACCGCAUUAAAAUGCCUUGAUCUGUUUUAACGUUACACGCUCGCGCUGUCCACGAGGUUGCGCUUACYUUUUUUUCUUUCCUCCAAAGGCUCACGGUUCGUGUUUGUUUUAUUUUCUCGUAGCUGUUGUGUGAGUCGUAACCUAGCAGCAGCAGCAGCCAGAGCUUUACAACAUGGACCUUUCAAGAUAAAUGUUUGCUGCUACUCUACCCUACCUGUGUACCUCAGGUUUGCUUCUGUCAAGUCUGACAUGACCUACUGAAUUCAACUAAAUGUUUUGAAUACGUCUUUAAAUCAAGGCUUUGAAAUACAAUUCCUGUACGGUUCAUUCAUAACAAUGAGAAGAGUUGUUUUUUGUUUCCCUAUAAUGCCACUGAAAACCGUAAUAAUGUGUUAUUGACGAUAUAAUCAAAUGGAGGCGCUCUGAYGCAGURAGCUUACUAACUACAUUAAUUAACCGAAUCUUUAAAAACAUCCCUUGUUCAAAAUGCCGCCGUCUGSUCUCAUAUGGGAUAAAGUGUCGAAAAUUGAUCCAAAGACUCUUGAUGAAUGUGAAAAAGACGAACUGGAUGAAGUCUUUCGCAUUUUUGUUGCGACAAAAGAAUGGGAGGUGAAGGAUAAAGCCACGGAGAACAUUAUCCGCGUCCUCCGAGUGGGUCAGGCCCUGCUAAAGAUGAAAGAGCGCGAGGUUAAGCUCCAUGAAAGCUUCAUCGACGACAUCGGUGUAGAACACGUCAAAACCGAAAACGAACUUCGUGCAAAAGUGUCCAGGCUGGAACAAGAGCGCAAGCAGCUCGGCACCGGGCCAGACAGCCGCUUUCUUAGGGAUGAGAUUCGGCAGCUCGAGGCCCAGCUGGAGCAACGGGAGAAGGARUUGACCCAGUUAAGGAAAGACAUGAGCAAGGAGAAGAAAACAAAUGAAGAGCUGAUUGUGYGACUGGAGGAGGCUGAGGACGAAGUGAAAAAGUUCAAAAGAGAGUUAAAAAAAUCUAAGAAGAAGAACGAGCAGCUCCAGCAGGAUGUGGAGUUCUACCGUGGACAGCUGGAGCAGAAGGAGCCGCUCACCUCCAGAGACGAUGGCGCAGAGACUCAGAGGAAGCUCAGCCUGGCCAACCGCCAGCUCUACCAGUGCCUGGACGACCUGCAGCGAGCAGAGGAUGAAAACGCACACCUGAAGACACAGAACGUGCAGCUGCAGAGGAGCCUGGAGGAGUCUGUGAAAGAGAUGGAGAAGAUGACAGAUGAGUACAACAAGAUGAAGAUCGUUGUGCAGCAGACUGACUCAAUUAUGGACCAGCUCAGGAAAGAAAGGGAUCACACGAAGCUUCAAGUUAGAGACCUAACAGAAAAGAUUCAAAGCAUGACUGAAGAGAAUGACCCAAUCAUGGCAGCUGUCAAUGCCAAAGUAGAGGAGUGGAAGAAAGUGCUGUCUGGGAAGGAUGAGGAAAUUUUGGUGUACCAGCAGAUGAUCCGUGAGCUGAGGGAAAAACUGCGCUCUGCCCAGCUGGACUUGGACAAAAGCAACAUAAUUGCCCUCCAACAGGUCAUAUACGAACUCUGUGGUGCCGUCCAGGAGCGAGAUAAUCAGAUCAAGAUGCUGAGCGAGCAGGUGGAGCAGUACACAGGAGAGAUGGAAAAGCACGCUCAGCUCAUAGAGGAGCUGAAGAUGUCCACAAACAAAGACAGAGGUGCUCCUUCGACGUUACAGCAGAGGAAGAUGGAGGAGCUGCAGUCUAAACUGAAAGCAGCGGAGGCCAGAGCGAUAGAAGCAGAGCGGGCCUUCAGGCAGGCAGAAUCGCAUGCUGAGGAAAAAGACAAAGCCUUUAUUGAGGCGUCAAAUCGCCUGAGCCAGUACGAGUCUGGCACUUACGGCUUGGAAGCAGCCAUUGCCGAGAUCAAAGAGUGUAACAAUCAAAUUAGAAUGAGAGAUCGUGAGGCAGAGGCCAUGACCAAAGAGRUCAACCAGCUCGAGCUGAGAAUCAAUGACCUCAUGGAUGAAAACGAGGAGUUCCGGGAAAAACUGGGUCUGGAGCCGAAGCAGGAAGUGGAUCUGACAGAAUUCAGGCGCGCCAGGGACCUCAGGCAGCGCCAGUACAGAGCCGAAAACCAAGUUCUUGCCAAAGAGAUUGAGCGACUGGAAGAAGAGCGGCUGGAACUGAAGAAACAAAUCAGGCGCUUGGUGAAAGAAAAAGCUGUGCCUGCUGGAGUCCCACAGUCAAGUCUGCAGCUGGAGGAAGAUGUCUGGUCCAGCAGAAAAGAAGAGGCACAAGRAAGAAUCUACACUGAUGACGAGAUAAGACAAAAGAAUAAAUACCUAGAGAAAGAACUGAGCAGCAAGAAGAGGGAGCUCGAACUUCACAAGUCCGAUUUUCAGGCUCAACUGGCAGACUUGUCCAAAGCAAAGAGAGACUUAGAGGCUACGCUGAAAGAUGUUCUGCAGGCCAUGAAGACGAGUCAACAGACCARUUCUGAUUCUGUCACUGCCGGCAGUAUGAAAAGCUUGUCUAAUGCUUUAGAUGUGAGCAGSCUAGGUGGGCAACCCCAGGCUGACCUCAACUCUCAAAUCCAUCAGCUGGUGGGCCGAAACGAAGAGCUGAGGCAGGAACUGAAAUCGGCUCGCGAGGAGGCGAGCAGCAGCUUCAGUGACCUUGUCAGAGCCAAAGAGAAGGUGAGCCAUCUCCAAAAUGAGCUGGAGCUGCUCAGGAAGUCAGGCAGCGGUGGAGUCCUCCCACGACCUCUGACCCUCCCCGAAGGCCUGGGCCCCAGCAGCACCGAGGUCAUUAGCUCCUUGAACGAGUAUGCUGUUCGACUGCUUCAGGAGCUGAAAAACAGGGAGGAAAAAAGCAAGAAACUUUUAGAAACCCUGGAAGAAUACAAAGAGAAGUUUUCUGUCAUAAGCCAUCAACAGGGACUCCUCUAUAAGGAAUAUUUAAGUGAAAAGGCAGAGUGGCAAAAAGAGAAGGAGACAUUCACAGACACUAAGAACAAGCUGGAUGAGCAAAAGCAGGUGGAUGAUGUGAAAAUUCAACAGUUCAACGAGCUGCUGGACACACUUCACAGAGACCCCGAGGAAAUCAGGAGGCAGCUGAGUGAGGCGUUCCGCAAGCUGACUGUGCUGAGGGUCAACGAGAAGAAACUGACACGCCGCUACUCCACUCUCCUGGAACGGGAGCAGCUGCUCUGCAAGGAAAACGGCAAGCUGAGGGACGAGAGCAGUCGCAUGCAGGCCUCUGUCCUCCAGAGGAUGGGCUACCUGCAGAGGUACAAGCUGACCAAGAUGAAUGCGGAGUCCCAGCGAGUCGAGCGGGAGCUAAGAGAUGAGCUGGCAGGCGCCAGCAGCAAAGCCGCCAGCGAUGCCGACAAGGCCAGGAUCACAGAGCUGGAGAUGGUCGAGGCCGAGCUGCGCCUCGAGGUCUCCAAGCUGCAAGAAGUCUCAGACGUGGCUUUGUCUCAGGUCUCCGCUCUGCAGGCCCGACACAAAUCCAAAGACAACGAAGUCGAGGCUUUAAGGAGACAAAUACUGGAUUACCAGUCUCARUCGGAUGAGAAGGCUCUGAUAGCAAAGCUCCACCAACACAUGGUGGYGCUGCAGCUCAGUGAGUCGGCGGCUCUGGGGAAGCUGGAGGCCGCCGCCUCUCACAUCCAGCGUCUGGAGGCCAACAUGCUGCGCGCCGAGCAGCGGCUGGACGCCAGCGAGCGAGCGCUCUUCCUUGCCCGCCAGGAGGGCCGCCACCGCGCUGCGCACCUCCGUCAGACCGUCCAGKCGCUGCGCAGGCAGUUCGCCGGGGCUCUGCCCCUCCGGCAGCAGGAGAAGUUCUCCCUGGCCAUGCUGAAGCUCCAGGAGGACCGAGCCAAAGCCCAGGAGGAGAGGAGGGCAGCUGAGGAGGAAAGGCGGAGGGCAGAGGGAAGAGCCCAGGAGCUGGAGGUGAGACUGCGAGGCCUGGAGGAACUCAUCUCUACUCUGAAGGACGUGAAGGGUGCCCACAAGGUAAUGGAGUGGCACAAGAGAAUGGAGGAGGCCCGCCUCCAGGAGCUGAGGAAAGGGAGGGAGCUGGUGGUCCAGAAGGAGGAGAUCAGCUACCUGAAGAAGCUGGUGGAGGAGCAGGACCGCACGGUCCGCUCGCUGGAGGAGGACAUCGUCCAGCUCAACUCUCUUAAGGAAGAGCGUCAGCUGGCGUGGGACCAGCGGGAGGUUGAGCUGGAGCGACAGCUGGACCGCUAUGAGAAGCAGCACACCGAGAUUCUUAACAGCGCCGAGAAGGUUAAGGAAGGGGAAGGGCCGCUCCCAGACCCAGCUCUGCCUCUGGCUCAUCAGUUAGAGUUUGCUCUGGGUAAAAUCAAAGAGCAGGUUCGCACCAUCUUGGAGCUUCAGGGAACAUGCAAAAGUUUGGACAAGAAACUGAAAGAGAGCAAAGUGGCUCUGUUGAAAGCAGAGCAGAACGUCGUGUCGAGGGACAAAGUGAUCAACGAGUUGCGUCUCCGGCUCCCGGCGGCUGCUGACCGCGAGCGUCUGCUGGCCGACCUCAGAAAGAACGAAGAGGACCAGCCGAGCAGCCAGGCUGCCCUCAAGCUGGCGCACCAGACCAUCAAAGAUCUCCAAAGUCGACUCGACAAGAAGGAAGAUGUGCUGAAGAAAUACCAAAACCAGCUGGCUCAGGCCAGACAGGAUCAAGAGGAGAUGAUAAAAAGACAUCAGGAAGAGUUGAGAAUAUUACAUCAGAAGUUGGACUUGCACACAGACACCUCUCUGGAUCAGUUCAAACARACAGCAAUGUUCAUUUAUUUCCUGACCAGAAAGAACAUAAUUCUUCUUCUUGCCACCCAGAGUAAACAACAUAUUUCUCCACUCACGCAGAUCAUGCACAGGCAUUUACUCUCUAACUUUGUAUCAAUUGUAAAGUUCAUGUAAUAGAAAGUGGACCAGGGAUUUACUUCUAGUUAAGAUGCUAWCAAAGGGGUGAUUUGUUCCAGGCUGGAGGAGAACUACGUUGCCCAGGUGAAGGCUCUGAGCGGUGAGGUGGAGGACAGGAGCAGCCAGCUGGCUCAGAUGGAGAAGGAGACAAGCUUUCUGCGCUCCGAGCUGGAAGCUCAGAAGGAGGCCAACAUUCGCUCCCCGAGCAACACCAUGAAAAACCUGGUGGAGCGCCUCAAAGCACAACUCACUCAGAAGGAGAAACAGCUCAAGGCUCUCAGUAAGGCUCUGUUGGAGCUGCGGGCGGAGAUGAUGUCAGCUGCAGAGCAGCAAGUCAUAGCCAACGCUGCCCAGAAAGAGCAGAGUCUCAACGUUCAGAUGCUGGUGGACAAACACACCAAAGACCUGAAGGUAAGAUCAAAGUGGGCUUUGUUUUCUUUUACUCGUAUGUCAUGGUUUCUUUCCUCCAUGACCUUGAACCCCAGAGGAGUUGAAAAGAAAGAGCAGAGCAGGACCAAAGAGCAGAAAGAGAAAAAGAACGCUGGCUUCCAUCCCCUCCAUCUGUCAGAAUGGAAUCAGACAGAGGCAGAUGGGAAAGGAGCCAUCGUAGAGAAUCUGCAGAAGAAGAUCAGGAGGCUGGAGUCGGACCUGGAGAAAAGGAACGACGUAAAAAACAUCAAAGAUGAUCAUGGAAAGACCAAAGAUGAAAUUGUGCGGUGGGAGGAGAGCAAAAGAUGGCAAGCUAGGAUGGAAAAGGUGAAGAAUUCUCUGAAGGAGAAGGAACAAGAUAAGGAAUCGUUAUCGAAGCAACUCGCCACUCUUAAAGAUCUUUAUGGCAGAUUGGAGCAGGAGAAGGCCGCGCUGCAGAAAAAACUGAAAGCUCGAGGUGUGACCGCCGACCAGGUGGUGGGGGUACGAGCCAACGACAUGGAAAGGCAGAUASAGGAGUUGAAGAAGAAGAAUUCUGAGCUGGAAACCCAGAUUGUCACCAUAAAACAGCAGCAGGCCUUGCCUCGUGAUGACGCCAUGGAGAAUCUUAUGUCAAAGAACCGACUUUUAGAGGAGAGACUCCACUCCUUAGAGAGGCAGAUAYCCAAGGAACCGUCUUCCAGACCCUCGGGGAGAGACUUCUCCUCCCGGGCACUUAGUGGGAUUUGUUCACUCACGUUUGAUGUUGAGGACGGAGCAUCGUGCUCUCAGCUUCCCRAAACCCCCGACCCCGCAGGAGACGCCCUCGGCCAACAGAGGGAGCCCACGCAGAGCCAGGCGGGUGGAGGAGAGGACCUGGACGCAGAUCGGCUGGAAGAUGAAAGGCAAACAGCGACAGUUGUUGGAGAAAAUGAAGAAAGCAUCCCUAUUGGAUGUGACGUUACACAGCCUGUGGAACAGGAUGAACCGCCCGACACAAAAGGGAACGGUGCCGAUCCCGAUGAUCGGUCAGAAAGAACGGAAUCCAUCUCGCCUCCGUCUGCAACACAGGCAGUGACGGGCGGUGGAAUGAGUGAAAGAGGGAAGAAACUGGGCAAUCCUGACCCAGACAGUGAAGGCAUGGAUCCCGAUGAUGAUGAUGAUGUUGGAGUUAUCCCAGAAGCGACCCAGAAUGCCGAAAAAAAGGUGGAAGAGAAAGAAGACAUAACAACAAGAACGGAAGUAGAGGAAGAUGACCAGGAUUCUUUCUCAGCUGAUCCUGAUGUUGAUUCUAGUAUCACUCUGAGCAAACGCCCGGAGAGAAUUGUCCACGCAAAAAGGGSCAAACAAACACAAAAACAGGAAGGUGUGAAGUAUCAGAAGACUUCGGGACGCGGGACCGGGACUCCAUCACAGAGAGAUCAGGACAUCUCAAAGGAAAACCUCAAGCUGGCCUCAGAGAACUUGGAGCUGCGCUUCCAGCUGGAGCAGGCCAACCAAGACCUACCCAGGCUGAAGAAUCAGGUUGCAGACCUAAAGGAGAUGUGUGCGGCUCUGAAACAGGAGAGAACGGAGGCCGAGAAGAAGCUGACACACCUACGGGGACCUGGUUUCAGCAGCAAAUCGGUUCCUGAGCUGGAGAAGACCAUUGGUCUGAUGAAGAAGGUGGUGGAGAGAGUGCAGAGGGAGAACGAGGCGCUGAAGAAGUCCAGCAGCAGUGCAGAGCAAGACAGGGUUGCCGCUUUGGAGAAGGAAAACAAAAAGCUGAAGGCUGACUAUGAGAAUCUGAAACAUCGAAGCGAAGCUGAGCUGAGCGCAAAACUGGAAUCCAAAACCAAAGGACUGGAGAGGAUCGUGGUGGAAAACGAGCGCCUCCGCAGAGAGAUCCAAAGGGAGGUGGAGGCGGCGGAGAGACUGAGAGUGAGCAGGACGAGUCUGGAGGCGACCAAUGAGAAGCUGGAGUCUGAGCUGGAGGAAACCAGGCAGAGGCUGCGAGCGGCUCUGUCCAAAGCUGCCGCUGUGGGGCCCGAAGGCAAAGSUUCCAGGGCCACUGUUGUUGCCAGGAUGUUUGAGAACAAGAUGAAGGAGUUGGAGGAGCAGCUCUCCCAGAAGACCUCCAGCGUAUUGGAGCUCAAGCAGCAGCUCAAAGAGGCUAAGAGGCGCGAGGAGUGGGCCGAGACGCGGGCAAGGCAGCUCCAAGAUCAGGUUGACUUGUUACAAAAGUUUCCAGCAGCUCCAAAGACUAAUGUGGGGAGCUCCAAGGAUCUCCAAGCUGUCAGACUGGACAGCACCAAGCCAGAGAGGAUGACCGUGGAGCCGAAACAGAAGCUGAAUGACGACCCGGAGCAGGAUGCUGAAGCUUCUCCAGAACCUGGUCAUGGAAACCUGAAAAGGCUCCUACAAGCGGCCGAAAGCCAGAAAUCUAAACUCCAAGCAGAGGUGAGAAACCUAAGGAAGGAGCUGGGGAACUUCGAUCCAAACUUUUUCGAAGAGCUGGAGGAUUUGAAAUACAACUACAACCUGGAGGUGAAGAAGAACAUCCUGCUGGAGGAGCAGCUGAGGAAGGUGUGCGAUCAGUUUGGCGUGACGGCUGAAAUGCCCAGCGUGUCCAUCAACUAACGCGCGGUUGUCCAGACUUUAAUACAAAGAGUUUUCUACUGUUCCAAUUAUGUUUUUUUUUUUACUGUCAAAGUCA